GGUGGGCGUGGCUUUAGACCUCUGCUCUCUGAUUGGCCGGCUCGGCGCGUCGCUGUGCAGUGGUGAGGACGGGUCGUGUUGAUUUCAGAAGUCAUCAUGGCGCUCACUUCCCCGGUCGAAGAGCACCCAUAUAGACAUCUUAUCGACAGCCUGGAAGAUGGCAGGAUCAAGUUCUUCAAUCCACAGAAGUUAAAAGAUCCAAGAUAUGACAAGCUGCCUCUGUCCAUCCGUGUCUUACUGGAGGCGGCAAUUCGUAACUGUGAUGGCUUCUACACAAAAGAAGAAGACGUUCAGAACCUCUUGGACUGGCAGCAGCAGCAGAACAAAGCCGAGGUGCCAUUCUCUCCUGCACGAGUCCUGCUCCAGGACUUCACGGGCAUUCCUGCCAUGGUGGACCUUGCAGCCAUGAGGGAUGCUGUUGCCAAACAUGGCGGGGACCCCAGUCUGGUCAACCCUAAAUGCCCCACAGACCUCAUUGUGGACCACUCAUUACAGAUUGAUUAUAGUAAAUGUGCCAUACAGAACGCUCCAAACCCCGGUGGAGGCGACGGCCCAAACCAGAGCCAGGGUCCCUCUCGAUCCGCCCCCUCCAGGCCUCUAUCCAGAGGAGGCUCACAGUGCGGAGGCCAGCGGGGCACAUGUGGUAAAACUGCCUGCAGUGACCCUCCAGCCUCCCAUGGUCGACCUCCAGCCUCCGUCCAGCAGAUCGAGAACACGCCGCUCCUCUGUCCUUUCCACAUGAAGCCUGUGUCUGACACUGACACGUCUCUGAAGAAUCAGGAAAUGGAACUGAUCAGAAACAAAGAGAGGCUUCAAUUUUUUAAGUGGUGCUCUAAAGCAUUCAAGAAUGUGAACGUGGUUCCUCCGGACGUUGGCGCCGUCCACCAGGUGAACCUGGAGUAUCUGUCCAAAGUGAUCCAGGUCAGGGAUGGUCUCAUCUACCCCGACAGCGUGGUGGGAACCGACUCUCACACCACCAUGAUCAACGGCCUGGGCGUCCUGGGCUGGGGUGUUGGGGGAAUUGAGUCGGAGGCCGUGAUGCUGGGCCAGCCGGUAUCUUUGACUCUUCCUCAGGUGGUGGGCUGUAAACUGGUGGGCUCCAUCAACCCCCUCACCACCUCCAUAGACGUCGUCCUCGGCAUCACAAAGCACUUGCGGCAAGCUGGGAUCGCUGGAAAGUUCGUGGAGUUCUUUGGACCCGGUGUCUCCCAGCUGUCAGCCCCUGACCGAACCACCAUCGCUAACAUGUGCCCAGAGUACAGUGCUACCGUCAGCUUCUUCCCCGUCGACCAAGUCACACUCCAGCACUUUAAAAAGACAAACUUUACGCAGGAAAAACUUGAAUUGAUGGAAGAUUACAUGAAGGCUGUGAAACUUUUCCGAAGCUUCGAAGACCCCUCAGAAGACCCCCAGUAUUCUGAGGUGAUUGAAAUCAACCUGAGCUCCAUGGUGCCCUAUGUGAGCGGACCCAAAAGGCCUCAGGAUAGAGUGACAGUCAGCAGCAUGAAACAAGACUUUCAGAGUUGUCUUGAUGAGAAGGUGUGUUUCAAAGGCUUCCACAUCGCCAAGGAGAAGCAGGAGACCCGCGUCCCUUUCCUGCACUGUGGUCAAGAGUACCAGCUGGCCCACGGCUCGGUGGUCAUCGCUGCCGUCAUCAGCUGCACCAACAACUGCAACCCGUCUGUCAUGCUGACUGCAGGUCUACUGGCCAAAAAGGCAGUGGAGGCGGGGCUUGUUGUCAAGCCUUACAUCCGGACCAGCCUGGCCCCUGGAAGUGGCAUGGUCACGCACUACCUCAGUACCAGCGGAGUCCUGCCUUACUUAAGCCAACUGGGGUUUGAGGUGAUCGGUUACGGUUGUGCCACCUGUGUGGGAAACACAGCACCAUUACCAGAAGCUGUCGUAGAUGCAAUCAAACAGGGGGACCUGGUGGCGUGCGGGGUGUUAUCUGGCAACAGGCACUUUGAAGGCCGCCUGUGUGACUGCGUGCGGGCCAACUAUUUGGCCUCCCCUCCCCUGGUGGUGGCCUACGCCAUCGCAGGCACUGUGGGAAUCGACUUUGAGAAAGAGCCUUUAGGGCUCACAUCGAACGGGAAGGAGGUGUAUCUCCGUGAUAUCUGGCCGUCCAGGGAGGAGAUCCAGCAGACCGAGGAGGACACAGUCAUCUCCUCCAUUUUCAAGGAUCUCAGGGAGAGGCUGGAGAAAGGGAACACAUUUUGGAACAACAUCGAAUGUCCGGAUUCUGCACUUUUCCCCUGGGAUCACAAGUCCACAUACAUCCGCUCACCGUGUUUUUUCAGCAAGUUGAAUAAAGAGGUUCCCGCGCCUCACUCGAUAGAGGGCGCUCAUGCCUUACUGUUCCUGGGGGACAAAGUGACCACAGAUCACAUCUCACCGGCGGGCAGCAUCGCCAGGGUCAGCGCGGCUGCCAAGUACCUGCUGAGCAAACGUCUGACGCCGCGGGAGUUCAACUCCUACGGUGCGCGGCGAGGAAACGAUGCAGUGAUGACCAGAGGCACAUUUGCCAGCAUCAAGCUGCAAAAUCGAUUCAUUGGCAAGUCAGGCCCCAAGACUUUGCACAUUCCCUCGGGCCAGACGCUGGAUGUGUUCGAGGCAGCUGACCGCUACCAGAGAGACGGCGUUCCCCUCAUCAUCCUGGCCGGCAAAGACUACGGCUCUGGAAACUCCCGGGACUGGGUCGCCAAAGGACCAUACCUGAUGGGGGUCCGUGCGGUCAUCGCCGAGAGCUUCGAGACGUUGCACAAGAACCAGCUGGUUGGGAUGGGCAUCAUGCCGCUCCAGUUCCUGCCUGGCCAGAACGCCGACUCGUUGGAGCUCAGCGGGAAGGAGAGGUUCACCGUCACCCUGCCCGAGAGCCUGAGUCCGAGGCAGCAGCUCACUGUCAAGACAAGCCAAGGGAAGUCCUUCCUCGUCACCGCGCUGUUCGACACUGAGACGGACGUCAUCUUUUUCCAGCACGGGGGGCUCCUUCGAUACGUUGCUCGGACUUUACUCUGAAGCCGCGGCCCGGCCUCUUGCCCGCCGGGCGUGCACCAGGCUCACGAACUGAAGUCCUCAUUAUUUCACCAGCCGGUCUUCAGCAUUGAUGGAAUCCGGCUCGUCGGAGAGACAUUGAGACUGGGUGGGUCCGUCUGUUUGAACCGGACUCGUCUCCAAACCAUCGCAGUCGGUAGAUGACCGUUUCAGCUGCCUCUCCAUCACUACGCUUGACGACAGCCUUGUUUCUCCGCACAUGGCCGUCAAACCGAGCGCAGGAAGAAGUGCUGACUUGCACUCAAUAAAGAGAUUGUACCCUCGACGAUCUUUGAACAUUUUUUCUUUAGUUGUUGGAGACUGCAGAGUACCGAGGGGACAUUUCUUUCGACAUUAGAGCCAAGAAGAAAUGAAUCCUGUCUGCUUCUUUCGUCAUUCAUUCAAAAACAAAACCAAUCCUGCCUGGAGAGGCUGAGAUGGUGCUAGGUACUAUGGCAUGGUUACGUUUUUAGAAUGUAAUACAGCCGGAAAAGGGCAAACUGAUGUCAGCUGUCCAUAUUUAUAAUCUGGGCCAAACAAUCCUAGUAAAUUUAAGUUCUGUCAAUAUUACGUUAAGCAAACCUUUUUGCAAAAAAGUACAGUUGCUUCCUAAUACUCAAUUAUUAUCAUGUGUAAACAAGAGAAACUCUUCUUCUUGCUCUUACUUGUGUCACUAAGCUCCCUGCAAUCGACGCGGCUCCUGCUACAACCGACAGUCGUCUGCGUCGCAUUAAAGGUAAAUGAUAAAAGCUUUUCUGUAUAAAUGAUCUGUUCACACCGGUGCACACGGGGUCCUGGGCUUCUAAAGGUUUGAUUCAUUGUUUAUUUAGAGCAAAGAGUACAUGUUUAGAACACAGUUUCAACAAAGUGCAACAUUGUAAAAAAUGUUAUAUCGUUAACUGGUGCUGAGGUGAAAGGCUGAAAGGUUAUCGUGAUGCUGACAAUGUCGAUACUGACACUCUUCAUUUUUGAUGUAACGUUUGUAGGCCUGGUCGAAACCAGCAGAUGAUUUUCACAUAUUAACGUUUGUUUACAGGUCUUUGGCGAAAACUGUGGCAUGUGAGGGGAAAUAAGCCGUUUGUCUUUGUAGUCGGAUGAAUCUCAGUCACUUGAGGCAGCGUCAGUCGGGUCAGAAGACAACUGUGUCUGUCGGUGUGGAGAUGGAGAGACGUCGGCUCACCAGCCUCCUCGAGGCUUUUAGAGAGCGUGACCAUGUGCUGGCUGUGUUCGUGAGAAGCACUUCAUUAACUCUUACAUUAUCUCUGUAACACAUUGAACCGUCGACUGCCUGAAACUUGCAAAAAACAAUGUCUUGUUUUUUUGUUUUUUUGUAUCAUUUAAGAGUGAGCAACUUUUGCCUAACUGCCAAAAUCGAGGUGAAGCAAGUAGCGCGCCGACAUGUGAUGAUGCCGUCUGUUGUCUGGGUACCACGAGUGUAAAGAUUUUUUAGUUUCUACACUGCGUUUUAUGUAUAUUUAUAUAUUAUAGGUCAUUAUGUAAAGUUGGUCUUAGUUUGAGCAGGUUGUCCCAUGUCAGUCAGAAGAAACGUGUGAUGGCAUAAUGGAACUACGCUGUGGACCGGAGUAUUCAGCGUGAGAGCGUAUGUGUGGCGUUGUCUUGUGUAGCAGUUAGCUGGUCCAUUGCUGCUUCUCAUUGUCUCAGUUACAGGAGGCAAAGUGUCUCUCUCUGCACAUGCUGACGUCAAAUCCCAUUGUGAAUAGUUUUUAAAUAAAUUUUAAAGCAAAGCUAGUACUUCACUGAUCUUACACAUCAAGGUUUACCGAUCGUGGGCAUUGCUACUCGGUCUGUGAAAGUAAGUAUUAUAAAAUACUUACUCUGGUGGAGCUUCAUCAAGUCAUGAACACAACACGCAACAUCAUGGCGGGUUGUUAAGCAGGGACUCUGUAAGAUGUGGGUGUUUUGAGUUGAGUUGUUACAAGAUGUAGGAUCCAGUGUUUCUGCAACUUGCACCAACUACACAUCAGUGAAUCCACGCAGGUUCAAUGUGAAGCGUUUUGGUCAGUUCAUCAAGUCAAAGAUGAGUGAACCAGGUAUAAUCAGUUGGAAUAUGAGCUGCUUUUAGCCAAUAUCCCUUUCCUUUACCCACUUGAAUUUAGUUUUGAACCGAGAUAUGAGCUGAGGACGACUCUACAUUUUAAUCCUGAUCAAUGCUCUCUGGUGGACAAUCUGAAAUGAAAUUAGCCCUCUUGCACUUUAUUGUUGGUCAUCGGCCAACAACAAGGUCAGAUACUCUUUUGCUUAUAUAGUUACUACUUGGAUUGCAAUUUUACAUUUGUUGAGGCUUAUUCAUGACCUUUAUUAACCUCUCAGUGACCAGCAGUAACUACUUAACAGUAAGAGCAGUGUGUAGUCCUGUUUUAGACUGUCUGUGUGUCUGUAUUAGGUUUUCAGAUCUGGUAUUUAUACACAAACAAUUCAUGUACAUGUCAUUAUAUAAUGGUUUGUUUUUGCCAGGUACUGGUUUGGAUUCAUUCACAUCAAGUAGCUGCAGAUUCAGAUUGUCAAGGGGACGAGGUUCAGCCACUAUCAGACCAGUUACGUGUAAUUAUAAUCUAUUGCCACAUGUGGAAGGCAAAUAGAGACAAAUAGAAACACAAUCUACAUCGAUUGGUUGUUGGAUUUUGUCACCCCCAUUCAAAAGUUAGUGUCAGCGGCUCUAGAUUACUUAAGUACCUAAUGUGAUAGACGUGGAGAAAAUAAGACACCAAAGUCUGAAGUUCUUACUGAAAUCUCCCAAGUGUAAAUAGUGCAACUUUUAUUGAUUUUGUUUUAAAAGAUUUUUUUUUUUCUGACAGUGCACGUUUCUGACAUCGCUCUGCACAUUGGACAAGUGAUGACAAAAAGAGUACAAGGACACAAUUGUCAAUGACGUGCCAUCCUAAUCUAGCAACAGUUAUAAACAAGCAUGUAUCUUACUGUCAAACGAAAACAAAAGAAAAUGACGAUGCAAAGAAAUGUCUGCAAGUUUAGUGACAACAGAUGAUCAAACGGUUGCGCCAGAGUGUCAGUGUGCGGUGCGCAGAUGUGAAAUUAAAGCUGUAAUCAUAGGAUGGCAGCCCCCCCACAUUCAGCUGCGUUGCGGGGUUAGUUACGGUAUGAUGUCAAAACAAGUUGUCAAACUGAUGUCAUAGUGAACCUAAUGCUCUUUGACCAGUUUGUUUAGUACGUAACGUUAAUCUCACGGUGUCUUCAGACUGGCUUUUUAAAAAGGACAGCUCCAGUGACUGUUGCCAAUUUAACACAAGUCCCACACUGUACUGUUUCAGUCAUUCAAAGAAAAAAGUUAUAAUAAUUCAAGCCAAAAUACCAAAUGUUUGCCGGUGACACUACUCAAAAGUGCAGAUUUGAUUCUUAUUUUGUUUUUGUUUUACAUCCCUGUAAAAUUAAAAGGUAUCUUGUG